AUGUCGUUUCUCAAAUCGUCCGCCCUGCUCGGCGCCCUCACUCUCGUUUCAAAGGUCUCUGCCCACGGUUUCGUCCAGGGUAUCGUUGCUGGUGGUGUCUGGCACUCUGGCUACAGCCCUCUCUUCCAAUAUCAACACCCAACCCCUGUUGUUGCCGGAUGGUCGAUACCCGAAGAUAUCAAUAACGGGUUCGUCAGCGACUACACCAGCCCCGAUAUUAUCUGCCACAAAGGUGCAACCCCGGGAGGAGAUUAUAUUACAGUCGCUGCCGGUGACACCGUUGAACUUCAAUGGACCGUCUGGCAACAUGACCAUCACGGCCCGGUGCUCGACUACCUGGCUUCUUGCGGUGAUGAUUGCACCACGGUGGACAAGACCAAGCUGCUCUUUAACAAGAUUGACGCAGGCGGCCUUGUCGAUGGCAGCAAGGGUCCGGGUAUCUGGGCUUCUGAUGACUUGGUCACGAACAACUCCUCGUGGGUCGUUACCAUCCCUUCCAGCAUCGCACCGGGCAAGUAUGUCCUUCGCCACGAGAUUAUCGCCUUGCACGUAGCCGAGACUGUCGGCGGUGCCCAGAAUUACCCUCAAUGCAUCAACCUUGAGAUCACUAGCUCAGGUACUAACUCUCUCAACACCGGCACCUUGGGAACCGACUUGUACGACGCUCAUGACCCGGGCAUUUUGAUCAACAUUUACCAAACGUUGACGUCCUACAUUAUCCCUGGUCCGCCUCUGUUUGAUGGCUCUUCCUCUGCGUCACAACCCUCUGUGUUAGCCUCUGCAACGGCCUCUGCAACCUCUACUAUCUCUGCAGCUGCUUCUACCUCUCCGGUUGUCUCUGCUGCGACCAUCUCACCUGCUGCUCCUUUCUCCAAUAGCACGACGAAAUCUCACGGCGUCUCCAUUACCGCCUCACUCAGCAAGCCCGCAGCAGCCCAAACUCCUGCGUCUGAAGCCAGCCCACAGACCGAACCUACCACGCCUGCUUCGACAGCUGAGCCUACGCCCGUUGAGAGCCCCGAGCCGGUCGAAACAGCACCCGCGAUACCAUCUGCUCCUGGAGCAGGCGAAAUCCCCCCCACGGGAGUCAGCCCUGUGUCUUUCUCCAGCACUGUCACUGGUCGCAUUGGCAAGCCCACUAGAUUCGUUUGCUACAUAGAGGAAUGA